CUUUUAAAGACCUCCCACGUACAGUAUUCGUAAUUAACCAUAUAAAGCACUCCACCCCUCUUCACUAACUUCAUACCCUCAUCUCUCAUAAUAUUUAAUUUCCUUCCAAAAAUGGAAAGAUCAGUUGGGCUUUACCUUCUAGUUCUUGUAGUCACCCUCCGGUACACCACCACCGUGAAUGGUCGUGCCGCCAGUCCCACCGCCAUGGACUUAAUCAGGGCAUCAUGCAAAACCACCCUUCAUGCCUCACUCUGUGUCCGCUGUCUCUCAAGUUACGCUGGUUCAAUCAAAGGGAGCAACGCCGACCACCUCCUUGCGAAAGCAGCAAUUUCCGUCAGCCUGAACAACACCAAGUCAGCAAGCGUCUUCAUAUCCAAACUUGGCCGUGUCUCCGGUAUAAAACCCAGAGAGUAUCAAGCUGUGAAGGACUGUAUUAGCACCAUGACCAACAGCGUGGCAAGUCUAAGCCAGUCGGUUCAGGAGCUAGACCAGAUGGCUCGAACCAGGGGUCAUGAUUUCGAGUGGCACAUGAGCAACGCUGAGACGUGGGUCGCUUCUGCUCUUACUAAUCAAAACAUAUGUGCAAGGGGAUUCGAUGAUAGUUCUAUGAAUGGACAUGUGAAGAAUGCUAUCACAAGUAGAAUGGUUUAUGUUUCACAAGUCACAAGUAACGCACUUGCUUUGGUCAACAGGUUUGCUGUAAGGCAUAGAAAGGGUAUCCGUCAUCCAUAGGCCAUGAGUCUUUAUGAUGCCAAAAUAUCAAAGAUACCAUAAGAAUGCCGGGUGUAUAAAAAAACUAGAUAGGAUAGUCUUAAGUUUUUAUCCCCAAAAGCUAGUUUCGAACGAGGUAGUUUAUAUGAUUGCUAGAAGGUCAUCGAUGUAUAUUACAAAAUAACAUACUCUGUUUCACUCUGUAAAAAUGCUCUAUAAUUUCUAA